UUAGAGGACGGCUUCGCAGCAUGGCCGCCGCCGCGGCGUUCCUGAGCUCCGAGAGCCGGGUCCGGGUCGGGGGCGCCCGGGGCCUGCGGGUCCCGGCCCCGGUCACCAUGGACAGCUUCUUUUUCGGCUGCGAGCUCUCCAGCCACACCCGCUCCUUCACCUUCCGAGCUGAGGAGGAGGACGACGCGGAGCACGUGCUGGCCCUGACCAUGCUCUGCCUGACCGAAAGAGCCAAGGACGAGUGUAACGUGGUGGAAGUGGUGGCCCGGAACCACGCCCACCAGGAGAUCGCGGUCCCCGUGGCCAACCUCCGGCUGUCGUGCCAGCCCAUGCUCAGUUUGGAUGACUUCCAGCUCCAGCCGCCUGUAACCUUCCGCCUGAAGUCGGGCUCCGGCCCGGUGCGGAUCACCGGCCGGCACCAGAUUGUUACUUUAAGCAAUGAUGUUUCUGAGGAAGAGGAGGAGGAAGAAGCAGCGGACUUGUGCCCCGUCCUCCCCGCUAAAAAAAGGGGGCCCAGGCCCUAGCCCUUUGUGGUCAGGAAGCUGCCUGCUACGUGUUCAUGCCCGGCGUUCCUGGACACGUUUCAAGAUUGUAAAUGUUUCUUCUCCGCUGAAAAGGAGCGCUCUGGGGGGAGGGACUCGGCCCAAUGCUGGCCCCCCACCGCCGGCUCCCCUUACCUGUACAAUAGGAAGGACUUUGACCCUCCCUCGUCACUUGCCUGUGAAUUGGAAGUUGAAUUUGAAACUAAUAACCACACAUUUUUAACACUUUUUACAGUUUUAGGUAAAGUUUGAAAUAAAGUGAUAGGUUUUGU